AUGUCUUCCUCAUCAAGUGAUGAAGCGGAUGAAGUUUUUGAUGAAUUGGUCGAUGAAGUAGUUGAUAAUUUCAUCGAUACGAUAAUUGAUGGUCAACCCAACAAACCAAAGAGGCGAGCUUAUAUUGAAAGAGAUCGAGAACUAGGACACAUUCGACUAUGCAACGACUAUUUCAGUAAUAAUCCAACGUACACACAAGAUAUAUUUAGGCGGCGGUUUCGAAUGAACAAGCCAUUGUUCCUUCGCAUUGUCGACCGUCUAAGUACUGAAGUUCCGUACUUUCAGCAAAGAAGAGAUGCUACCGGAAGGAACGGGCUAUCUCCACUUCAAAAGUGUACGGCAGCGAUACGUAUGCUCGCAUAUGGUCAGUCAGGAGAUACAUAUGACGAAUAUCUCCGGAUGGCUGACAGUACAUCACGUUUAUGUUUGGCAAAAUUCACUGAUGCAAUAAUACAAUUGUUUGGGGAUGAGUAUCUACGAACACCUACAGCCGAGGAUCUUCAGCGAUUACUCGAUAUUGGAGAGGUACGGGGAUUUCCGGGGAUGAUAGGCUCCAUCGACUGUAUGCACUGGGAGUGGAAAAACUGCCCAACAGCUUGGAAAGUUUUUGAUGACAUCUUACAUGGUCGAGCCCUUAAAGUGAAGUUCAAGGUCAACAACCACACUUAUCGUAUGGCCUACUAUCUUACCGACGGUAUUUAUCCUCCAUGGGCAACAUUUAUCCAAUCCAUCCCACUUCCUCAAGGUCGUAAAGCACAUAAAUUUGCAGAAAUGCAAGAAUCCGCCAGAAAAGAUGUCGAACGGGCUUUUGGAGUAUUGCAAUCGAGGUUUGCAAUUGUUAGGAACCCAGCUCUACAAUGA